AUGUCCACCCCAACACCAACAUCAACAUCAACAACAACAACAACAACAACAGAACCCAAACUAACCGCGCCCUCACCCUCCACCCUCCCAAUAACGACCCACCACUGCCGCUUCUGUGCAACGCUGCUAAUCGCCACAACACGCGACCUAUCACGCCUCCCCACGCGACAAAAGAACGCUGCCGAUUCUGCCCGGAUCUUACCACUACGCAACCACACAUUCCCCUCAUCCACGACCACGUCUACACAAAAUCCAGAAGAUGCACAAGCCCAGACUGAAAGUCAGGAACCGAAUGGGCGGCAGGAACACUACACGAUCCUCCUCUCUACAAACGCGCGGGACCGGAAGCCGACGCUGAUCAGACGGGAGGACGGGUUUGAGAAGAGGUUCUUUCUGCGAUGUGGGCGGUGUCGGGUUACGGUGGGGUACUUUUUGGAUGAGGUGCAUUUUCCUGCGGAGGGGGGAUUAAAGGCUCUGGGGAGUGGGUUGAAUGAGGCUGGGGAGAAGAUUAGGGAGGGGGAUGAAGGGCAGAGUGGAGAGGACAGGGCUGUCUAUUUGCUUCCGGGAGCGUUGAUGGAGACGGGGAUUAUGAGUGAUGAGGAGAAAAUGAAGAGUGUGGAUCGGGAGUGGGCGGACUGGUUUAAAUGA